UUCUUACGGGCUUGGUGUCCGAAGAUCGGACUUUGGCGGUUAUUCGCCACCUGUAAAAUGCCUGUAAUUCGAGUCGCCCGACGUACACAACUAUGGUUGGAAAAACGCCACAUUAGACCACUUGUGGCUCCGAAGGCCGGUAAACUUCUGAUAAGCACUCGCAGGCGGGAGCUCAAUCAGGCAUCUAUGGAGACAUAUAGCAGGUGGGAAAACCCCACGUUGGUGAGCAGAGGAUGGAAGCAUCGCACUUCUUGCGGAGAUUAUUUCACCAUUAACCGUCAACGGGAGCAUCGUGUGUGGCCGGAGACAGAAGACACAUUUCGUGCUCUCAACCUGGAUCUGAGAGUGGUCUUAGCUCUGGAGGCAUCGAACAUCACUACACCCACUUGGGCGCAGAAGGAGGUUAUCCCCAGUCUACUCCGAGGCCGGAGCGUGUUAUGUGCAUCAGAGACUGGCAGCGGAAAAACCCUGGCCUAUUUGCUCCCUAUUAUGCACAAGCUUCUGACUCAGAAUGAGUAUUGUUCGGGGAACCCUCGCAGUUUAGUUUUAGUACCAUCCAGGGAACUUGCUGGUCAGGUGACUUCAGUGGCUCGCAGGCUUGGCUCCCAUCUUGGAAUUACAGUGCAUUUUUUGGGAGGGGGACGAGGUCGAAGAGUAACUGAGAAGCAGCUCAAAGGGGUGUCUGUUGAUCUAUUAGUUGCUACUCCAGGAAUUCUUUGGAAAGGUCUGAAUUGGAAUAAAAUUUCUUUAACAGACCUUCAAUACAUUGUUUUAGAUGAAGCUGAUACACUUUUCGACAAAACUUUCUGUUAUUUUGUUGAAAGCAUUCUCAUGCAUACUCAGAUAGCUUCCCAUGCCAAGGAAGCACAAGGUCAUGACAGGAAAGCCCAGUUUGCGAUUAUUGGCGCUACAGUUCCAAAAGGGGUUGGAGAAAUUCUCAGCAAAGUGAUGGAUCUGGGCAGUAUCCACAUAAUCAAGAGUGGGAAGCUGCAUUUACUUAUGCCCCAUGUGCAACACACCUUUAAGAAGGUUACAGGAGCAGACAAAGUCCCUGAAGUAUUGCAAAUGCUAAAGCAACAUGCUGCAGAAAAACAUAUGUCUGGAAUUUUUAUUUUUUGUAAUACUUCAAAAACUGUUAACUGGCUUAGCUACAUAUUGGAUGACCAUGGCAUCAAGCACACCCGUCUUCAUGGCCAAAUGCCUGCUGAAAUGCGGCUUGGUAUAUUUGAAGCUUUUCAGAAAGGGCAAACUGAUGUGUUGGUUUGCACAAACAUAGCAUCCAGGGGGCUUGACAGUUGCAGAGUAGGAACUGUGGUUAACUUUGAUUUUCCGUUCACUAUAGAGGACUACUUGCACAGAGCAGGAAGGGUUGGCCGUGUUGGGAGUAGAAGUCAAGGCAGUGUAUUGAGUUUUGUCACUCAUUCUUGGGAUGUUGAACAAGUGCAAACAAUUGAAACUGCUGUGCGCAUGCGAACCUACCUCCCUGGCAUGAAAUCUAAACUAAAUGACUUUGUUCCAAACAAGAAAAUUAAGAACUAG